AUGGAAGCAUAUCAGAAGUCCGUGCAGGACGUUGAUGUGGCUUUGUCUCGACUAAACGCGACGCUAGAGUCCUACAGACUUGGGGGCAUUGCUAAGCUGACUGGUCGUGAUACUUUGGGAGCUGCAGCUGCGGGCUCCGGGCACAAUCGGUCUGCAGCUCCAGCCUCCAAAACAGUCGGACAGAAGCACGCCCCUCCUCUACUGACUCCCGAGGGCAAGCUCUCUCAACCUAUUGGCAAUACCACCGAAUCGCUGCGGGAGCGAGAACAGCACAAUCGCGAUGAAACUUGGCAGGAGGUACUUGACUUGAGGUAUACGCCAUUGGAGUAUGGCCAGGCGUCGCCACUCCGCAAGAUUGGCAAAGAUGAAUUCCAGCCAGCACUAGAUGCGAUCGAGCGAAUACAGCAGCAUUAUAUGGACGAGCAUGCCUACUUGACUCCGCUCCGGCUCGUACUAUCCCAGAAGUAUCUCCAAAUCGGCUAUCCUGAUCUGGCCGCUGGCGAGGCGUAUAAAGCGCUUCUACUCUGCGAUGCUGUUCAAGACACAUCGGACGAGUACCAUGGCUCUGCUGCAUCGCAGCUUCGGGAGCUCAUUCAGCAGAUACCUCUAGUACAGCGGAUCUCCUUACUCAAAGGCGAGCUGCUCGGCGACCGGCAAACCGCUUACCGUGAGCCAGAUGAAGACAUGGAUGUCGAGGUCGACAUCUGGGUCCGCGAACAGUAUUUACCAUGGGCAUACAGGCUGCUGACGCUCAGUCUUCUCCGCUGUGGCUGCUACAAGACUGCUCAUUACUAUGCUCUACAAGCGACGAUCGACAAGGGCUACCGAGACCACUGGCUCCUUGACUGCAGCGUCGAAAUUUGGAAUUUUGUAGCGACUCAUCUCGGCAUCACUAGGGACGAGCUCGUCGAUCCCGAUAGUAAAUAUAGCGACCGGGAUCAGUGGCCCGAUAUGGGUUAUGUCAGACGUGAGCUAUAUCCAUGGAAUGAGUGGGAGUCAGAUCGAUUACAGGAAUUGCCGGCUCUCAAUUCUCUGAUGGCGGAGGUCGCGCCUAAGCUGGAGAUACGAGCAGUCGAGUUACCUGCUUUGGCUGGAAGCGAUGCUGAUGCCACUGUCACGCAAUUAGGCGUAUUCGCAAGGGAGGACAUUCUUCCUGGGGAGGUCGUGCUUGACGAGACAUCGAUGCUCACAGCCAACAACAAGCUGCAGGACGCUUUGUGCGACGCGUGCAGUGCAGAUCUACCCGAGCUCAGCGAAGAUGGCGCCACCUCGGCGGUUGAGUGUCCUCACUGCCAGGUUGUUUUUUGUAGUCGAGAAUGCUUCGAGGAUGCCGAGCAGUCAUACCAUCAGGCUGUCUGUGGUGCGGAUCUGGACGCUUUGCUGCGGGAUGUGCCGCCAGCAGAGGCAGCAGAUGCCCUCUACUCGCUGCUCUUGCUGCGAGCAAUAGCCAUGGCCGAAACACAAGACUGCCAUCCGUUAGAGCUCAAUGAGGUCAAGUAUAUCUGGGGCGACUUCCAUGGCAUACCUCUGGCCCGUCAUUUCCAGCCGCCUAGUGGUGAGUGGAGGGUUCUCGGGAAUGCGCACGGUGGCUUGCCUCGAACACUGCCUUUCAGCUUCGAGCACAAUAUUCGUCUGCCGAUUCAGAUGCUGGAGAAGAUGGAUAUUGAUCCGUUCGAGGAGCCGAAGUAUGAUCUCUGGGUCUUCAACACUCUGUAUGCCAAAUUCCGCGGCACAGCAUCUGCACGCCUGUCUGGGUUAGGAGGUCGUGCGAUCAGAGGUCCCGAAGUCAGCGCAGUGCACCCAAUGUGGUGCAUGGCGAACCACUCUUGCGAUCCGAACGUUGGUUGGGAGUGGGGAGGCAGUGUCAAGUUCUGGGCGAGGGAGGAACGCGUCGAUUGGAAUGCAGGAGAUGGGAAGCGGUGCAUCAAGGCCCAGGCUGGUAUCCAAAAAGAUGAGGAAGUGCUGAACCAUUACUGUGACAUUAAUCUGCCAGUUCAUGAAAGAAGGGAAUGGGCUCGUGGGGCUCUCGGUGGCGAUUAUAUGGGCGUGUCCUGGCGCAAAGAGAAGCAAGACCGGAUCAACAUUUUCUACGAUUUUGAGAAAUGGGCUCUCGAUGCGCAGGCCUCGCGCCGCAACUUCUUGAUGAUACCGAACACCGAGGGACAACAGAAGACUGAAUGGACAUACGCGGAAUCGUACAAGAUCGUGCUCAAGUAUGCACGAUGGCUGCAAGAUGUGCAUGGCGUGCAGAAGAACGAGAUUGUGGCAAUCAAUAUCACCAACAAGCCGCUGUUCAUAUGGGUAUGGUUGGCAUUGUGGUCACUGGGAGCUAAGCCAGCCUUCAUCAAUUCCAACCUCAGAGGCAAUGCAUUCGUGCAUUGUGUUCGGCUGUCCACAUCCCGGCUCCUCUUGGUCGACCCAGAAGUACGGGAUGUUCUGAACGAUGAGACUCGGCCGGAGCUUGCAUCUGACGGACGAGGUCGCGCGAUCGAUACUUUCAUCCUGGAGCCAAGUCUUCAAAACGAGAUCCUAGCUGGACCUACCUAUCGAGCUCCGGACACUGUUCGGUCUGGAGAGAAGAACACCGAUAGGGCGAUUCUCAUCUACACAUCCGGGACGACCGGACUACCAAAAGCUGCCAAUGUGUCGUGGCAGAAGGCGAGAGCAGGACCAGAGGUUUUCGCACUGGCUCUUUCCCUAACCAAGGACGAUCGAUACUUCACAGCCAUGCCUCUUUACCACACGAGCGCUUCUAUCCUAGGGGUGUUACAAGUAUUUGGACCGGGUUGCACCAUUGUCAUCUCGCCAAAGUUCUCACCACGCACGUACAUGAAGCAAGUCACCGAGACCGGUUCAACAGCAAUGCAAUAUAUCGGUGAAGCUUGUCGAUACCUAGUCUCAAGUUCGCCAACACCAUAUGACCGCGCACACAAGCUCAGGAUAGCUUUCGGCAAUGGCAUGCGACCCGACGUCUGGCAGCGUUUCAAGGAUCGCUUCGGCAUUCCGGAGAUCUGUGAAUUUUAUGGCGCGACUGAGGGACCCGGGUCCAGCUUUGUCCACGAAGCAAGUGGUUUCACACGGGGUGCGAUUGGUCGGUCUGGGAAGCUGAUAAGAUCACUGUUCGGCGGCAACAGUGUCUUGGUGAGGCACGAUCAUAAUACGGAUAUGCCCUACCGCGAUCCGAAGACCAAUCUCUGUGAAAAGGCUGCAACGGGCGAGCCUGGGGAGCUACUCAAUUGGCUUGAUGCUUCUGCUAUCAAUGAUAAGUACCAAGGCUACUUCGGCAACGACAAGGCUUCUGGUAGUAAGAUAUUGCGAGAUGUAUUCAAGAAGGGUGAUGCUUACUACCGUGCUGGUGACCUGCAGCGCAUGGACGCCGAUGGUCGAUGGUGGUUCCUGGAUCGUGUAGGAGAUACCUUCCGCUGGAAGAGCGAGAACGUCAGCACUGCCGAGGUCUCACAAGCACUUGGGGAACAUCCAGCAUUGCAAGAAGCUAACGUCUACGGCGUCCAACUCCCCAACCACGACGGCCGAGCAGGCUGUGCAGCUAUUGCGCUCAACUCUGGCCACAAGCUCGAUACGAGUCUGAGGUCUGAGCUAGCGGUGCAGGCGAGGAAGAAGUUGCCAAAGUAUGCUGUGCCGGUCUUUCUACGGCUGAUGAAGGAUGAGCUGGAGGUGACGGGCACGAUGAAGCACCAGAAAGUAGCCUUGAGGAAUACUGGUGUGGAGCCUAGCAAAAUGGGUAGUGAUCUUCUGUAUUGGCUUCCACCAGGCGCGCAGGCAUACGAGGAGUUUGGGGAGAAGGAGUGGCAGAGUAUUGUGGGUGGGCAGGCGAAGUUGUGA